AUGACGCGACCCAAUUGCAAAAGGGAUAUUGCUAGAAAAGUGGCCGAAAAGUAUUUCAUGCGUUGUCGCAUAGUUAGAUCUCGCUGUGUGACGAUCUCCUCGGCCGAUGAGUGGGAGGAUCUUAAAUUGAAAGACCAAGAUUUCCUUAGUGAAGUCAGCUGUGUUCUCUCCGAGUUGUAUUAUGGUGAAUCACCUGUCUUAGCUAGUGAUCGUGAUUACAAGGAUCUGUGUCCUUCAAUGGAUAUUGUCGUAGAAGCACUACAAGUGCACAAAGGCAGUAAUAAUGUAACCAAGUGCAGCCGAUGUUUAACACUGAAUCUACACAACAGGAAUGGCCAUGUGCCGAAAAACUUAGGGGGAAUUACUGUUCUUGCAGAAGAAACAGUCACUUCAAGAACUGCUGUAGAGAUGACAUUGCAAUGUACCAACCUGGAAAACAAGGAUUUAUUCUCAAAAAGUGAUCCUUUUUUGAGAAUAUCUAGGAUUACUGAAACUGGAGGUUCUGUUCCAAUUUGCAAGACAGAAGUCGAUAAUAAUAACCUGAACCCCCAUAUGAAGGAUAAUCCAUUAGUUAUAGGUUGCUUCGACUUUAACAGCAGUGGAAAUCAUGUUCUCCUUGGGAAAUUACAAAAAACAGUGGCAGACCUUGAAAAUUUUCACAAGAGCAGAGUUCGUGCAAAUUUUAUCUCACAACCUUCUGGUUUACGGGGUAAUGAAAAGGUCCUGAAAGGUCAACUUCUUGUUGAAGGAUAUGCUGAGAAGCAGCUCUAUAGUUUUCUUGACUACAUUUCUAGUGAAUUUGAGCUUAGUUUUAUGACUCUUUCGCUGAUGCAUUUGAACAUACAAUGCCUAGCUUCAAAUGGAAAUCCUCGCAGCCCUGAUUCCUUGCAUUAUGUUGAUCCUUCUGGCUGUUUGAAUGCUUACCAGAGGGCUAUUAUGGAGGUUGGAGAUGUCAUACAAUUCUAUGAUUCUGAUAAGCUCUUUCCUGCUUGGGGAUUUGGUGGCAAGGCAUAUGAUGGAACAAUAUCUCACUGUUUUAACUUCGGUGGAGGUCCAGUUCGUUUAUCUGUCACUUUGGCUUAUAAUAGUACAAAAAAGCAUUAA